AUUCCCAAUUUUAAAACAUCCAGUAUACCUCACCACGUCCCACCUCCACCCACCCCCAACCCCUUCCCCCAACAAAUAAAGAGAUGCACAUGAACAAUCCAUGAAGAUAUAUACCAACAAGAGAGAUAAACCAGAACAAUCCACUUGCCAAAAAUAUAAAGACAUUCAGACGCAACAAAACCAAUGUCAAACUAGCCUUUAUAAUUUCAUAGCCUUGUUAUAUACACAAAACAAAAGCAGAUGCAGAUGUAUUCUCUGGCUGCAGCAUCUUGGAUUCUCAUGAAUCAAUCAAGUAUGCUAUUAUUCUUAGCAGUCCUUUCGUUUGGAUUAUUUAGUGUUAAAGCUGAAGUCCCUCCAUCAGAAGAUGUAGUUAGCAGUUUCCAGCCAAGUCUUGCUGUGGUUAUUGGUGUCCUCUCCAUCAUGUUUUCACUAACUUUUCUUCUUCUCCUCUAUGCCAAGUUCUGUCAUAGGGCAUCUUCUUCUGUUCAUAACAGCACCAAUAUUAUGCAUAUUCAAGAUGGACUUGUUCGAUCAGUACCUUCAGGUAUCGAUAAAACUGUGGUGGAAUCACUCCCUUUUUUCAGGUUCUCUUUUAUCAGAGGGUCCAAACAAGGGCUUGAAUGUGCUGUUUGCUUAUCAAAAUUUGAAGAUAUUGAAAUCCUUAGAUUGCUGCCAAAGUGCAAACAUGCCUUUCAUAUUGACUGUAUUGAUAAGUGGCUGGAAAACCAUUCAACCUGUCCACUUUGCAGGCAUAAGGUCAGUGCUCAAGACCUUUCAUUACUUACUUCUUCAGAGAGUUUGAGGUUCUUGUCUGAGCUAAGAGGGGAAUCAAAUUUGGAACUAUAUAUACAAAGAGAGGAAUCAAAUUUGGAACUAUAUAUUCAAAGAGAGGAAUCAAAUUUGGAACUAUAUAUUCAAAGAGAGGAGAAUGGAUCCUCAAGAUUUAGUAUUGGAAGCAGCUUUAAGAAAUCCGAAAAGGGUAACAAGGAAGAAGAAUUGCCAAUACAAGAAAACAAUAUUGAUAAUCAACAACAAACAGAUUAUCAGAAUCAGAAAGCACUACACAGGCUCAAUCAUAGGAUUAUAGUCUCAGAUGUUGUCUUCAAGAAUCGAUGGAGUAAUGUGACUUCUUCAGACCUUAUAUUCUUGAAUUCAGAAAUGCUCAAUAGCAACAGAUUCUCAUCAAUGGACAGAAUCACUGAGCAAUCCACGGCGAAAAGAGUGAUAGAAGAAGAAGGUCAAAGAAUGAAUAUCAAGGAUGAAAUGGAAAGGAAAAGAUUGUUUGAGAGCAAGUUUAGCAAAUUCCAGCAAAAUGAUUUAUCUCAAUUUCCAGAAGCCUCAGAAUCAAGAACCAAUUCAUCAAAAUCACUAAGUCAAAAUGAGAAAAGAUGCAUGUCAGAAAUUAUAGUGCAUCCAAGAUUCAACAGCAACAACAUUGGUAAUAGAAAGCUUUCGGAACGGAGAAGGAAGCUUUGGCUUCCAAUUGCAAGGAGAACAGUCAAGUGGUUUGCUAAUAGGGAAAGAAAGUCCUCCUCACAUACAGCAAACAGAAGACAAACACUAAAUUUAUAGACUUUUCAUAAGUGGCUUCCCAAAAUUUGCCUUAUUCAGUUUAAUUUCUUGACUUCUGGUGCAUCAUGGAAGCAGAGGCACACGCGGAAGUAAAAUUUGAACCUCAUAGAUAUCUUAGUUCAGAAAAGUAAGACAUUUUUUGUUUGUUAAUUGUAAUUUCUCUCUUUAAGCAAGAUUUUCAGUGACAAACAAGUUGAGAGAUUAUAUAUAGUAAAAAUGAAAGGCUGUGCUGAUUCAGUUUCCAAAGAAAAAUCAAGCAUUUAAGAUGAUGGGAACGAUUGAGAGUCUUCUAGCCUGGUCCCGUCCUUGUACCUUAGUAUUCAAAUUGUUCUUAUCUAGUUAAUAAAUCUUUUGCGAGAUUCUUGAUC